UCACUCAGUUCUCACGUCUUCUUACAACUCUCAAAAUCACUCACAAACUGUUUCACAGCCCUCAAAUCACCCACACAAACAAUCAAAAUGGCUCGCGGCGAUGCUAUGCAAACCAAGGUCCACUACAAGGGCAAGGCUGAGGACUUCAUCGUCUUCGUCGACAGCGCCGAGGCUGUUCAGAACUGGAAGGGCGACUCCAGCAUUCCUCUUGCACAGGUCGUCAGCGGCUUUAAGAUCUUGGUCACCGACAACCACGGCACCCAGGGCAUUCUGAACACAGCAAGCAAGGGCACACUCGAGAACGAGUUCGGCACAUCAAACGAGGAUGAGGUCAUCAAGCAGAUCCUCCAGAAGGGCGACGUUCAGUCAUCACAGAACUCUGAGCGCCAGGGCGACACCAACGACUCUAAGGGUGCUAUGCAGGCCCACUAGGCGAUUCGACUCACGACCUGACUACUUACGAUUCGAUGAUCCUGUUUGGCGAUUGUCGGAAAAGGCAUGAGCUAUUUGUGCUUUAAGGCCACACCUGGAAGAUUAGCAAGGCAUAUUCAUAGGCUGCACUUCCUCAGCUGGAAUGCGAGGGCAGCAUGAAAAUUAUCGAGAUAUCCAAUGAAGUACUUGAAGAUACUAAGACAUCCUUGACAUGCUC